GGUUUUAAUUCUUCUCACUCACAGGCAUGGCUGCUCAUCUCAUUGUUCUUCUCCUCUUCAGUGUGCUUAAAGGAGUUCACAGCAUAACUACAGUCAGUAAAGUAUCAGUGGAAGCUGGAAAAUCUAUCUCCAUCCCAUGUCUCUAUGAGUCCCAAUACAAAAACCAUGUGAAGUACUUGUGUGAAGGAUAUUAUUGGACGUACUGCAGAUAUGCAGUAAAAACAAACAAACCAGACCCUUCAGGAAAAUAUUUAAUCUCUGAUGACAAAAAGCAGAACAUUUUCACCGUUACUAUAAACAAGCUGACAGUUAAAAACACUUAUUACUGGUGUGCGGUGGAGAUUGAUAAUGGACCAGAUCAUGGACAGUAUUUUCAGCUGUCAGUUAUCAGUGGCACCCCCAGUCUCUAUGUGGAUCAUCAGAGGAUUACAGGAUAUAUUGAAGAAAGCAUAACUAUUAGAUGUCACCACAGUAACUCUGGAGAAAUGAAGUGGUGCAGGCUGGGCAGGAACUGUGUGACAGGAUCAUCUGGAUCCACAGAUGGAACAACAGUGACCGCUCACAUGAGAGACCCAAAUGUUUUCACAGUGACCAUGAGUGGACUAAGGACGAAGGACAGUGGCUGGUAUUGGUGUGCUAAAGGUGACAUUCAGAUACCAGUAUAUUUAACUGUUACAGAGAAGCCGAUUACUACUACUACUACUGCAGCCACAACCCCUACUACUGCUACUGGCAGUAGUACUACUCAUACUGUUGCUGGAAGUGGAACAAUUACUACAGUAGAAGAAAAUAAAGAACACAGAGCUUCAUUUGACCCAAAGAUCCUCAUCAUCCCUCUGAGUGUGUUGACCUUGAUUGUAAUUGUGAUGCUGUUCAUCUGGUUUAUAAUGAGACACAAGCAGAACAAAGCAGAAUCAUCAGCCACAGCAAUGGGUGGAGAUGAAGUAACAUACUCUGAAGUCAGACCCAAGAAAAAACGUUCACCCAAGGGUGACAGAAAAGCUGCGGAAGUUACAUACAGCACAUUAGCUGAAAUGUUUUAAUGUUAAAACUUUUCUUGGAGCUGUAUCACGUUUUUCUGUACCUUUUAUUACUGCAGUAUUUGUAUUUGCUGCUCUUUUAUCUUCUUCAUUCACUUGUUAUGUAGUAACUUUUAACCUUAAUCCUUUUAACUCUUUUGUAAACAAGUUAAUUCCUGCAUGGCUGCAAAUUUAU